AUGUCAUCCACAGGCUCCCCCGAACCCUCUCCCGAGCCCUCCGCCACCGAGGCCAUCCUCCCUACCACCCUCCCCUCCGUCGACCGCGCCUCCCUCACCAUUGGCACGACGAACACCUACCACUCCCCCAUCCCCACCCGCGUCGCCGCCUCGCCCACCACUCCCGUCAUCCUCGGCGUGGACGAAGCUGGUCGUGGCCCCGUCCUCGGCCCCAUGGUCUACGCAAUUGCCUACUGCCUCUCCACCGACGCGCCCCUCCUCUCCUCCUACAACUUCGACGACUCCAAAAAGCUCACUCCCGCCUUCCGCGCCUCGCUCAUGACCAUCCUCACCACGCCGGCCUCCCCGCUCCACGAGGCAAUCGGCUGGGCGACGCAGGCCCUCUCCGCAAAGGAUAUCUCGGCCGGAAUGCUGCGCGGCGCGGCGUACAAUUUGAAUGCGCAGGCGCUGGACGCGACCAUAGCGCUAAUCGCGGGCGUGCUGGAGCGCGGCGUCAAUGUGGCCGAGGUGUAUGUUGACACUGUCGGCCCGCCCGCGGCCUACCAGGCGAAGCUACAGAAGCGGUUUCCGACGGUAAGGGUCACGGUGAGCAAGAAGGCGGAUAGCCUGUAUCCGAUUGUGUCGGCGGCGAGUGUGUGUGCGAAGGUGACAAGGGACGAGGCGCUGGAGGUAUUGGUUGGGGGUGAGGGAGCGGCGGCGGCGGGGAGUGGGUAUCCGGGGGAUGAGAAGACGAAGAAGUGGCUGAGGGGGGAGAUGGAUAGUGUGUUUGGGUGGAGAGCGGAGGUGGUGCGGUUUAGUUGGAGUACGGCGAGGGAUAUGUUGGAGGGGGCGCCUGGCGGGAAGAAGGCGGGGGGGAGUAAGGGGUUGGGGGUGGAAGUGGAGUGGCCGGAGGAUUUGGAGGAGGGGGAGAGGGGAAUUGCGGGCUUUCUGGGGGAGGGGGGGGCGAAGGGGGUGAAGGGGUGGUAUGGGGCGAGUGUGGGCGUUGAGAUGGAUUUUUAG